AAGACUAUAACUAGCUCUGGUGGUGCUCAACUGUCGUAUCCGUCGCGCCGUUCCCGGAAAGGUAAUCGGAGUACAUCAGAACGAUAAACACUGGACAGCGAAAAGUAGAAACUAAGGCUUUUUCGUCUUUCAAUGUUACAGAGGCGCUUGUUUUGCACGAGGAUUUCGAAAACCAUUUUCCAAUCAAACCCCGGACAUAACCAGAGCAAAUGGAGUGUAAAGCAAGUUUCAAAGUCCAAUUUCUCAGCGGCAUUAGAAGAGAUAAGUACUUUCAUCUCCGACUCUGAUUUCAUCGCCGUCUCAUUGAAGAAUACUGGGGCCUACUCUGCACCCUGGCAGCGUAUUCUGCCAAUUGACACCGCACACACCGCCUAUCUCAAAGCCAAAUACGCCGCUGAACGGUUUCAGGUCCUUCAGUUCGCCGUUUGCCCUUUCUCCAUUAGAGGUUCCAAGCUCAUCGUUCACCCAUACAACUUUCAUUUGUUCCCUCGUGAUGAGUUAAAAAUAGGGAUGCCUUCUUAUAGUUUCUCUUGUCAAUCAUCAUAUUUGACCUCUAUGGCUCGAGAAGGUUUUGAUUUCAAUGCCUGCAUAUAUGAUGGCAUAUCAUAUUUAUCCAGAUCGCAAGAAUCAGCUGCAAUAGAUAGAAUUGGAAAUGCAUCACAUAUUACCUGUACAGUGCAAUCUCCAUCAGGGCAUACAGUUGCUGAUUCCGUAUUUGCAGAGAGGAUCAAAUCUCGACUUAAGCGUUGGAUAAGUGCUUGCAGAGACACCAACAAGAAGCCUGAAGAUGCUUUAAUCAGUUCCUUGAGAAAAAUUGUCUCGGGAGAUGAAGUAUAUGGAUCCAGACCAUGCUUGAGCAUAGAUGUAUGCAGUGAACGUCAAGUGCACCUUGUGUUGGAGACACUGAAGGAUUUUGUUGAUGUCAUACCUUUACUAACCCCAGCAAAGGGAGGGACGACAAUGUCUGUUCGAGUUGUUUUGACAAGUUCAGAAGAAGACAAGAUUCUUUUACAGAAGGAACUUCAAAAUGAGGAGAAGGAGCAUAAUAAGCGCAUUCGUGGCUUUCGAGAGGUGAUCGAUUUGAUUUCCGCUUCUCAGAAACCCGUUGUUGCCCACAACUCUCUUAAUGAUUUUACCUUUGUCCAUUCCAAGUUCUUAGCUCCAUUGCCAUCAACGCUGGAUGAAUUCAAAAGUUCAUUAUGUGAGGUCCUCCCAAAUGUACUUGAUGUCAACCAUCUUAUGAAGGAAAUCAGCCCUCUGAAAAAAGUGAACAAUUUGCCUGCAAGUAUCUCAUAUUUGAAACAAAGAUUUUUUGCCCCUAUUGAUAUGGAGAUAUCUAACCAAGCAGCUGAGGCCACGGAAGUGAAGACUCUUGGACAUGAUGUUUUGAAGAUAAGCGAAUUGUUUGCGAAGCUGUACUCCAUACUAAGAAUUGCACCAAAAGCUCCUGAAGCUGCUGAGGGCCAUUUGCCUGAUGCAAUUGAAUGCUACUUAAACUUGUUCAACCCUUGCUUUGCCAGUUCUCAUGGUCUUGCUGAUGAAGGUGUUAGUGUGUGGACUGAUAGUACUAGAAAAAUUAGUAUUAAGAAUCUAGUUUUCCUAUGGGGAUUCAGGGGUGGGACAUCUGCAGGACAGCUGAAAAGCCUCCUACAUGGUUCACAUGAAGUUCUCCAUAAUGAAUUUGAUGUUAGGCUAGUGGAUAAAAGUUGUGCUGUAGUUGUUUUUGGGAACCCUGGCUUUUCGGAAGUCCUGUUGCAGCUAAUGGAUUCUGGAGGUAUCUGUACUAGUAUCCUGAAGGAGAUGCUGGCAGACGGCCUGACAGCCGCAGGUUAUGAGGCGUACCAAAAAGUCUGUGAGUUAGGUCUAUGGGAAGCAGAUUUGGCCAGUUCAUUCGAAAGGGCUUUGGAAGAAAAUGAUAGCUUCUCAGAAGCUCACUCACAGGAGCUUCCAGGGAUAUGUUGGAAUAAUGAUGAAAUGAUUAACCUGGAUGACCUUUAAGACAGCUCCUUAAAUCUGAUUCAUAUCUAACAUUACAAGAGCCAAGAGAGGCUGCUUUCUGGUCAGUGGCGAGUUGAUAUACUAUGAUCCUAUAGAUUUUGUUGGUGGCCUUUUAUUGCCAUUGGAGAUGUAUGCAGGAAUCAAAUUGAUAAUUGAUGCAUCAAAUGGAGUGAGUAGCUGCUGACAUGGAACAUUCAGCCAUUGAAUUUAAGUAAACAGGUAUCCUAAGAUUGAUGGCAUUUGCUUCUUUCAGGGUGGUCAUGUAUUUUUUGGACGAUGAGAUCUUAGGAUAGCUGAAUGUUGGAGGAUAAUUCAGUAGAGUGGCAUUAUUUGGUGUAGCAAAGAAUCUGUUUAUUGGGUCGUCGUUUUCCUUUUCCCCCUUGAAGUUCUUGCCAAGUUUCUAAUCAGGUGGUGUAUGUUUGAAGUUUUAGAGUUUGCAAACAUUGAGUGUUUGCAUGUGAAGCAAAAGUGUAAUGAGAUUACUUCCAUAAUGUCUUUUUCUCAGUUGAUGUCUAAAAGCCUAUCCAACGCUCUUUUUGAGCAUUAGACCAUUGUUAAACAAAACAUAAAUAAUUCAAGCUAUCAAAUAUAUGAAACUAUGCUGAUUAUGAUACUUUUUA